UUUUUCUGUGCCAUCAGACACUGCUCACUAUUCUUCUUUGUUUCCUGCCUUUCCGAUGGCUGCCCAAUAAAAUCUAUCGAUUUUUCAUUUUUGGUUUUUAUUUUCUGUUCUAUUCUACUUCUACUCUUUGUAACAUUAAUAUCACCCCACUGAUAAUUUUUUUUGCCAUCUGUUGUGGUGAUUAUUGCUCUCCGACAAGUUUUGCCAGUUUAUUACAAAUCACUUCUUUCACUCUUCUUCGACGAAAAACUUAUGUGGAGGACGCAAUGUGUCUGCGUGGUGUUUGCGGACUUGUCAGUGCCCGAAGAGAAAACCACGCAUUUUACUACUUAACUUAUAUUUAUUCGGAUUUUUUCUAUUGAAAAAUGGAACUCGGCUCGUCGGAAAUCCGACAACGGAAAGGAAUCUCAAAGAUUGUAGAGGAUUUCGACAUUUUCGAGAAGGUCGUGGAAAAUGUAAAAGAAGAGAAAAAGGUUUCUGCUGGAGCGAUUUCCUUUAUCUGCUUCACUAUAAUUUUUUGUCUGUUUUGCACGGAGACGUAUACAUUUUUGUUCCACAAAAAGUACGACUAUCGGUUUGCACUAGACACAGAGAUGGAUGAAAUGCCCUUAUUAGAUUUGGAUAUGGUUAUUAACACACCAUGCUCGAUUCUUCAAGUUGUUAGCUCAUCAGAUGAGUAUUCCGGAGGAGACGGUCUUUUGCGCCAAACGAUUCAAAAAAAUCCGACUAGAUUCGAUUUCACUGAUGAAGAGCAAAUGUACUGGACCAUUCUCCGACAUGCACACGACCAAUACAACAAGAAAGGGCUCCGAGCACUUGAGGAGUUGGAAUAUGUCGAUGACGAUAUUGAAACAAAUCUCGAGCACUUGGCAAAUGAGAAGCAGGACGAAGAAGCAGCUCAUAUCAAAGAACUGCGCUUGAAGAACAAAAAGACACAGCAUAGAGGGACCGGGCAGAUCAUGUUCCUCGUAAGCAACGGGAUGGGAAUGUUCCAACUGGUAGCUGAUAAUGGAGGUGGUGAUGGUGAUGAUGGAAAAGCAUGUCGUCUUCAUGGAAAAUUCAAAGUUAGAAAAGGAAAAGAGGAGAAGAUCGUGAUGUCUAUUAGUAACCCAAUGAUGAUGUUUGAUCAUCAGGAGAAACAAUCUGGAAAUAUUUCGCAUCGAAUUGAAAAGUUUAAUUUUGGACCAAGAAUCCCUGGGUUGGUAACGCCAUUGGCCGGAGCUGAACAUAUUAGCGAAUCAGGACAAGACAUCUACCGGUAUUUUAUCAAAAUUGUGCCAACCAAGAUCUACGGCUAUUUUAGCUACACUAUGGCAUACCAGUAUUCAGUGACAUUUUUGAAGAAGCAGUUGAAGGAAGGAGAGCAUUCACACGGAGGAAUUUUGUUCGAGUAUGAGUUUACAGCGAAUGUCAUCGAGGUACACAAAACUUCAAUAACCUUGAUCUCAUACCUCAUCCGAAUUUGCUCGAUCCUUGGCGGUGUCUAUGCAACCAGUACAAUUGUGAACAACAUCCUCCAAUUCUGCCUAUCACUUGCCUACACUGAUAAGGCGCACUUGGAACAGUUCCAACAUCUCCGCGAAUCGCGAACGAGUGUGUCAACGGACUCACAUUCGGCUUUUGUAAUGGACGCCAAUAUGAGGGUUCAUUAAUAUUUUUUAUUUAUUGUUCGGCUUUACUUUUUUUUUUGCACUUCUGGUCAUUUAAUACAGUUUCUUAGCCGCGUUUAGGAAAGUUCCAAGAAAGUGGGCGAUUUUCAAUUUUGUGAUAACAAUCAUUUCCCGAUAACAUUGUUUGUCUCUCCAGGCUGUGUUGCAAUUUCAAUUGCGAUGAUUCCAAUAUUGUUCACCUUCUUUUUUCCAAUUUUAUUUCUUAUGGGUUUCUGCUGUUUCCUCUUGUUUCUUCACUUUGGUUAGUAAUCUAUGGAAUUUUAUGAAUAUUGUGUGUUUACGGGAUGAAUAAAUUAUUAUUUAUGAAAAAUAUUU